ACAACAACAACUCUCAUCAACAACAACAACAACAACAACAAAAUCAAGUACACAACAUAAUUUUAAUUAAGAAACGGGAUGUCUCUUGAUAACGCUAAUCCUGUUGUAUAUGAACGGACAAGGGAACGAGAGGUUCUUCCGGAGGAUGAGGACGACGAUAUUGAAGAUCUGUUUGACGACAGGGAGGUCUUCGAUCUCAUUCGUGAAAUCAAUGAUCCAGAACAUCCGUUGACGUUGGAGGAACUGAAUGUUGUUGAUUCAGAGAAUGUUCAUGUGAAUGACACAGAGGGUACAGUAGAGGUUCUGUUUACUCCCACAAUUCCCCACUGCAGCAUGGCCACCCUCAUUGGUCUCUCCAUACGUGUCAAGCUUCUCAGAGCUCUACCUCCAAGAUUUAAAGUUGAUGUGAAGAUCGCACCAGGAACACACGCGUCUGAGGAUGCAGUCAACAAGCAGCUGGCUGACAAGGAGCGUGUGGCGGCGGCUCUUGAGAACUCUCACCUGCUCAAGGUCGUAAACCAGUGUCUUGCAAGCAAGAGGAAACUUGGAUGAAACCAGAAACAUGUUGUAGUUAGAAAUGCUCGACGGGGGCACUCUUUGUUGAGCAGCAAGAAUUGUAUUUCAGCAGUGCUCUGCGAGAACAGGGCUUAACACAUGUGCAUUAAGUAUGAAGGACACCACUUUUUGCUUCAUUUGAUUUUAUUUUAAAGGAACUCUCUUGGCAGAAAGUGUCAUCUCUUAUUAGCCUGUUUGUCCUGCACUGGCUAAUCUGCGACGAUACCUAACUCUUUCAGUGCUGGAACCGAAUUUUGAAGGCCUUUGCAAACAGUUUGGAUCCAGAUGAGACGUCACAGAACGUGGCCUCUCAUCUGGAUCCAAACUGUUUGCUGUUCUGAUAGUAUUCUUUGAAAAAAAUUGAAGAAAAUGCUAAUUUUAGAAAUUCGGCAGACGACAUUUUAGCAGGCUACAAAUUUCCCAGCAUGCAAAGGGUUAAUGCACAUGCAUUAAGCUCCUUUUUUCCUGAGCAAGACUCAAUUUUAUUUGUCAGCUAGUCAAAAGUCAUACUUCAAUGCAGGCUCUACUGUGCCGUAACUUUCCAGUUUUGUAUUUCACUUGUGACAUGGUAAUGAACUCGUUAUUCUUUUGUGUUUCCACCAGAUUGUUGUAGGGUAGAAAUAAUAAUAUCAAGCUGAACAUUUUGUGAAAAUAAUCUCUUUUGUAAAAUCAUCAGGGCUUGCACUUUGUUGACAUUUAACUUCUCAAGUAAAAGUUGGAUACUGCAAAAUCAUUUUUAUUCGCUGCCAUGAAAAGGUGUUGUUUUUUUAAUGACUUGUUUGCACAUAAAUUCGCGGAUUUCUGAUUUGGGGAAAAAAGAUGAAUUUUAGUCAUAUUCAUGUGUGUUUGUGCUAAGUUUGUUCAUUGAUGAACCCAUGAAUAAUAUUUGUUGAUACUAUUGAAAAUCAUAAGCUUUAUGGAAAGUUUUGAUACUAUUACUAUAGGAAAUCACAACCAAAUUUGUGUUAAUGCAUGCCCAGUUACAGUAAUAGUGAUACUGUAUAAAAUGUUAUGUUUAUGUUUGGGCAUACUAGUAAUUGAUGUUGGUAACACCGCUGAGUUGAUUGAAUGUUCAAGCUGAGUAACAAAUAGCAGAGUUGUGGGGUAUAACAUUGCUACAUUAAAUAAUUAAUUCAAGAGGAAAUAAAUGAAUGUUAUUCAAUAUGUUGUGUUUCAUUUACCCAUGUUAUACAGAAUUCUGUACAUUUUGUUGUGUAAAUAGCUAUCAUAGACAUGGAAUUUAAUACAAAUGAAUAAUAUAAUCCAGCAUUUUGUUUUUAAAUCACAUAAAAUAUUUAGUAUAUACAUUUAUGCAGUUUGAUCACUGUUACAUUUGAGUCUUUUAUGGUUACCACAUGGUUUAAUGAAAGCAAGAUGUCAAUUUUCAAAUUGUUAAAUUGACUAUAAUUAUCAUAUGUCUGAUGGCGUAUAUCUGCUUUUUUCAUUCAUUAAUUCAUUCAUUCUAUUUGCACAGGGGUAUUUCAAAGACAUCAAAAGCAUGAUUAACGUAGAUGUAUGGAACUUGAGCUUCAUUUUGCUGCAUUUUAAGCAUAUUAUCUGCAUCUUUAAAUAAUGAGUAGGAAAACAAAUACAGACCUAUUUUUAGAGAAUUAUUUAAAGCUCUGAUGACCACAUUUUACCUAGCAAGGAGAUUUUUGUCAUCACCAGUAACUUAGCCGCAUGUAUAUCUUGGAAAUACCACUACUGUAAAACGCCAGUAAUUACCCCUUUCCCACUCAGAAGCAAAGUGAAAAUUGCUAUGUGCAAACAGCAUAAAACCAGAACAGCCUGGGAGUAACUCACAGUCUGUUCAGAUUUAAUGCGGUGUGCUGCAGUAACUAAGAAUUGGCAAUGAAGCAUUUACAACUUGAAUCUAGUAUGAAAGGUCUUUAGUUAAUAUGAAAGGUCUUUAGUUAAAUUUAACUCUCUAAGGGACUUCAAAUGCAUAAAAAAUAAGUAUCUAAAUGGUAAAGGGUUAAAAAUACAACAACAAAAAUCAAUUACUGGGACUUGGGAGAUAACACACCAUGGUUUCAAGAUCACUUUAUUAAUUGGUAUGUCAGUGCAACCACACAUGCAUCAUUAAAACAUGUUACAAAUCUAAUGAAUGAAAUAGUCGCACAAUAAUAAGUUAUGAGUCGUAUUAAUGAAAUUCUUGGGUAUUUGCAAUGUUGGUAGGACAACAUAAUGUUUCAACAACAUAAACAGUUAUGAAUGAGAUACAAUAGCACAUUGCAUUAACACAAAUGAAAUCAACCCAUUAAGUUAAAUACAAUAUACAAUCAAUUAACAUUUGAUACUUCCAAAUGUUGCAAAGUAAUCAUUAUACAUAUGUUUAAUGAAGACAAGUACCAAACAAAUGAACAAUGGCAUAUCCAACAUAGUAAAAUAAUGUUUAAUAGCA